AUGCCCAAAUCUUGCAAGCUCCUGCGCGAGUUCGACGAGCGUACACCGAUGUUUCAUCCUACUCGGGCGUAUAUGUUGCAACCAACACCCCAAACCCUGAGUGCCCGUGGUUUCGUUUCUGACCGUCCUGAACCGGUCCACACCCGUCCCCAUCCCCAUCGCGCGCCCAAGACGCAGCGGCCAGCCACCCCCAAAGCGGAUGCACCUUCCCUCCAUUCGACGAGCCCCUCACCCGACGCUGGUCCGGUGGCCAGAACACCGAGCCAAUUGCAACGACAUCGUGUCCUUCCCAAUCCUGUUUCCCCUGCAAAAUCCUUCACUCAUUCUGAACAUAUCACCAAGGCCACUCUCUGGUGCCCGCGGUCUGCCCUCGGCUACUUGCAUCACACCAUCUUGUGCUUAAUAUACUCACUAAUAAUCCUCUUGGUGCCGUUUGCCGUUGCUCGCAAUCCUACGGCCGAGUCCUCAUCACGCGCGUGCCUGCAUGAUACCGCAUCCUCACCCUCGACUCCUCGCUACCGUCACUGUCGCUUUUCCAUUGUCCAGAGACUGCGGGCAUCUAGUCUGGAAACCCGGCCUAAUUAUCUCACGCACAUACGGGCCGUUUCCAGCGACAUCGUCGACUCUGGACCCAUCCGUCACUGCCGCGAAACGUCGGCGCUCGCUGCACAAGCACACGGGGCAGUAGGUGCCCAGGAGAGACAGAGUUGUCAAUCUCCCGCCUCGCAACGGCAGCCAACGCACCGCAGCAGGUGGUAUCUCUGCCCAGCCGUCAAGCUGUUGUCACAAUACUUCAGAGGCGCCGCUUGGCGCAAGGAGGCUCGCCCUCAGGCUUCCCUCGAAAAGGAUGACCCCAACCCUAGCCCGUCCGACUUCAACAUUGCUGGAGUCGAGGAAAAGGCCCGACAAGGCGACCAGGCGGUAGCACAAGGCUCCUUAAGUUUCCUCCACGUUGUAUCCUUGGCCUUCCUGGCCCUGGUCUUGAUCGCCCAACUUUUCCUCACAGACGCAAAGUUCCAGUACUCGCGUAUCUUCACCACACACUCCUUUUCGCGGACUUCUCUCUCUUCCCCAGCUGCCAUCAUUCACGAAUCCGUCUGUGAAAGCCCUCAACCAUUCCCUACGGCACCACCUGUCUCGCGAGCCCGAACCAUGUCUUUAGUGGAGGAGACGAAGCGCAUCACGGCGCAAUUCGACUACUCCGACGACAAUGUCAACAAAGGUGUUGAGGAGUUCCUCCGCCAAAUGAACGAGGGUUUGGAGAAGGAUGGCACAAGCAUUUCGCAAAUCCCUACCUAUGUCACGGGUGUACCCAAUGGCACUGAGAAGGGGUUGUACUUGGCCGUAGAUCUUGGUGGCACCAACUUCCGAGUCUGCUCCAUCCACCUCAACGGCGACACGACCUUCAGCCUCACCUACAGCAAGGUUGCCAUUCCCAAGGAGCUUAUGCUCGCCAAGACGGCACAGGAGCUCUUUGGCUUCUUGGCCAAGCAGAUCGAAGAGUUUCUGAAGACUCACCACGAGGAACACUUCGAAACCCACAUCCGCCGGCGGCAGACCAUAAGCAGCCCAGAAGGCUACAAGGACGAGCACAUUUUCCGCUUGGGCUUCACGUUCAGCUUUCCUGUCCAACAGAACGGUAUCAACAAGGGUACUCUGAUCAGGUGGACCAAGGGAUUCGAUAUUCCUGACGCAAUUGGCAAGGACGUCUGUGCUCUCCUCCAGGACGAGAUCGACAAGCUCCACCUUCCUGUAAAGGUGGCAGCUCUGGUGAACGACACAGUCGGUACCCUUAUGGCACGCUCCUACACAUCGCCGGGCAAGACCAGCACCCUGCUUGGUGCUAUCUUUGGUACUGGUACCAACGGAGCCUACGUCGAGAAGACCAAGAACAUCAAGAAGAACGUCAGUGGAGACUACGACAAGUCCACCGGUGAUAUGGUGAUCAACACUGAAUGGGGUUCCUUUGACAACCAGCUCAACAUUCUGCCAAAUACAUCGUAUGACAUUGAGUUGGACCAGAAGAGUGUCAACCCCGGCAUCCAAAUGUUCGAGAAACGGGUUUCUGGCAUGUUCCUUGGUGAAAUUGUUCGCCUCGUGAUUGUGGACAUGUUGAAGAACCCCGCUGUUUCUUUGUUCCGCGACGACAACUCUAGUUCCAACGACUGGAAGUCGACAACUACCAUCGGCGGCGGAUCGAGCGUGCUUACACAAUGGGGUCUGGACAGCUCGAUCAUGUCCAUUGCGGCAGCUGACAGCACGCCGGAGCUCUCGACACUUCGACAGGAGCUGGAGAAGCAGCUGCACAUCUACUCUGCUUCUCUCGAAGACGCCAAGGCUUUCAAGGACGUUGCCUACGCCGUCGGUCGCCGCGCUGCCCGGCUCUCAGCAGUCGCGAUUGGCGCUAUCGUCUUGCAGAGUGGUCAACUCAAGAAUGGUACAGACGAUCCCAUCGAUAUUGGUGUCGACGGGUCACUUGUUGAGCACUACCCCUACUUCAGAGACAUGAUCUACGAGGCUCUGCGUGCUACCAAGGGUAUCGGACCAGAGGGCGCCAAGAGAAUCCGUAUCGGCAUUGCCAAGGACGGUAGCGGCGUUGGUGCUGCACUGAUUGCCUUGGUUGCUGCAGGCAUGGAGAACAAGGGCGUUGCGGGGACCUUCAGUCACAUCGCAAACGAUGUGAAAGACAAGGUCUUGUCCGCGAUCCCCGAGAAGGGAAGCUCGACGACGGUGUCCUAG